AUAACAUAAUUAAAUAACAAGACUGCUCACUACGCCAAUUAAUAAUUUAUUGAGUUCAUGCGUUUAAAUUCUAUCGAAUUUAUGAUAAAAAUAGAAAAUAUAUACGUAAUUAUUACUCAUACAAACGUCCUACAUUCAAAAUCGUCUGUAGAUUUGCUAAACUAUGCAUAAAAUUAUAAAUUAGUAAUUCAUUUUUUUUUCAAUUAUAUUCAUUACUUUUCUUAAACAAUUUAUUAACUAAUUAAAAAUUAAAUAUGAAUCAUUUAAAAGCUUUCGAAUCUGUCAAAAAAGUAUUUGACCUCGCAGUUCAAAGUGGUAGAUUUAGUAGAAAUUUUGAUAAGGUAAAAUUAACAUCAGCUGGUAAUGGCAAGUGUGUGGCAGAAAUGAUUGUUGAAGAUGUCCAUAGUAAUAUUUAUGGAACACUACAUGGUGGUUUUACUUCAUCUGCUAUAGAUUUUUUUUCCAGUUUGGCUAUGUUAACACAUCCUAAAAUUGCAUAUAAUAUAGAUUCGUUAUCUAAAACAGGUGUUUCAGUUGAUAUUCACGUAUCGUACUUGGCAUCAGCAAAAAUUGGAGAAGAAGUAAUCAUUAAUGCAGAAACGAUUAAAUUUGGGAGAAAUUUAGCUUAUCUUGAAGUAAUUAUGACAAAAAAAACUGAUAAUAUUGUAAUAGCAAAAGGAUCACAUACAAAAUUUGUUGUUCUUUCACAAACAUAAUAGUCAUAACUAGUCAUUAUCUUUAGAAUAAUUAUAAAAUAAUAAUAACUUUAUUGUAUACUUUAAUGUAUUUUUUUAACUUAAUAAAUAGGAAUAACUAUAAAAAAAAA